AUCCUCCGGGCUUCAUCCGCACCAGCGUCUCCGCACCUGACAGCACAACACAAGCCAACGAUGUCCUCCAUUCGCUUGCAGCGGUCCUCCGCCAUGUCCCUGUCCUCCCUGCCCACCAUGUCGACCUACCGGCGCGGCGGCGGCAGCGUCUAUGGCGGGGCAAUAGCCAACAGCGUCAGGGUGUCGUACGCCUCCAACGGCAUCGGCUCCGGCUUCGACCUGUCCAGCGCGUUCGGCGGCAACAACAGCAGCGUCUCCGUGUCCGGCAACGAGAAGGUGACCAUGCAGAACCUGAACGACCGCCUGGCCUCCUACCUGGAGAAGGUGCGCUCCCUGGAGUCCGCCAACGCCAAGCUGGAGCUGCAGAUCCGGGAGUGGUACGAGAAGCAGACCCCCGCCGUGAGGGACUACAGCAAGUACCUGGCCAUCAUGGAGGACCUGCGCAAAAAGAUCGGCCUCGCCACACAGGACAACGCCAGACUGAUGCUGCAGAUCGACAACGCCAGACUGGCAGGAGAGGACUUCAGAAUCAAGUUUGAGAACGAGAUGGCGGUGCGCAUGUCAGUGGAGUCGGACAUCGCCGGGCUGCGUAAGGUUCUGGAUGACCUGACCGUGGCUCGGUCCGACCUGGAGAUGCAGGUGGAGGGCCUGAAGGAGGAGCUGGUCUACCUGAAGAAGAACCACGCAGAGGAGCUCGCAGCCCUGCGCGGCCAAGUCAACGCCAGCUCGGUGAACGUCGAGGUGGACGCCAAGCCUCAGGAGGACCUGAACAAAACCCUGGAGGAGAUCAGAACUCAGUACGAGCGCAUCGCUGACAAGAACCGCCGCGAGAUGGAGGACUGGUACAAGAUGAAGUUUGACGAGCUGAGCAAGCAGAUGGCGACCAGCACAGAGACCCUCCAGACCUCCAAGACCGAGAUCAACGAGCUGAAGAGGACCCUGCAGGCCCUUCAGAUUGAGCUUCAGUCCCAGCUCAGCCUGAAAUCUGCCUUGGAGGGCCAGCUGAUGGAGACGGAGGCUCGCUACAGCCUGCAGCUCCAGCAGCUCCAGGCCAUGGUCGACAGCCUGGAGUGCGAGCUGAGCCAGGUGAAGGCCGACAUCGAGAGGCAGUCCACCGAGUACCAGGUGCUGCUCGACAUCAAGACCAGGCUGGAGCUGGAGAUCGCCGAGUACAGAAGGCUGCUGGACGGAGAGGAGAUCAAGAAAACCGUCGUAACGGUGAAAGAGGAAAAACGCAAACCAGUCAUCACUCAGAGGACAAAGGUGAUCAUUGAGGAGAUUGUUGAUGGGAAGGUGGUGUCCCACACAGAAGACGUGGACACAGAGGUCAUCAGCAAGUAGAUGGAUCGGUUCCCAACACAUCUGGAUCGAAUAAUAAAACCAAACCUGGACUUCUUGCAUUCUGAAGUCUACAACUGACCAGGAAGAGAGUUUACGAUGAAUUCUCGUCCCACAUAAUUGUGUGAUAUUUGGAGAAAAUAUUUAUUCUGACUUACUAUCAGAACAAAAAACCAAAACAGUAAAACGGGUUGUACAAUGUGCCUAAAUGACGACGUUCAUUCCAGCUUGCUUCCUGCAGUACCGCAUUUACGCACUAGGUGGAGGCACUGAGAAACUCAUGGAUUAGAGCUUUGAUUUGAAUACAGAAGUAAAACAAAAGAUAACAUCCAGAACUAUUUUAAAUUAUUUCUAUUGUCAGUGUGAAAGCUUAUAGAAAACUGUUUUAACAAGGUGUUACAUGAAGCUUUUGAAAAGGGAGAAACUGUCAAACUACUAAUGAGACGUGAACUCGUCUCUGUAAUGCAAGUGUUUCUGUAAAUGAACCAACACCUCCUAUAAACUUCUCCUUCUUUGAGAUCUUUAAAUCUUUGUUACUUUACAUUUUCUGAAAAGAAUAAACGUUUGCGUUCUUCUUUAUGAA